AUGUUCAACACAACUAGAUCAGCUAUCACAAACCUAGCGCAGGUUUCACUAACACUCAUACGUUUCAAAAGACAAUCAACCACCGCCAAUCAAUUAAAUGCAUCAACGCAAAAAAUUGUUAAUCAACUAUCAGUCUUAUCAGCCAGUAGGAAACAACCACAAUUGCUCAAAUUAUGCAAUGAAGAUUUAAUCAAACAUAGAACCAUUAUGAAUGCAUGGAAAUUGAUUCAACGUAAAAAACAACAAAAGCAGCAACAUCAAUUAGAUUUACAAUACAAGAGUAUACGUAAUGCCAUGGAAGAUUUGAAGCUGACGAGUCCAGCAUUAUUUGAAAUGGCUAAUGCCAAAAGUAAAUUGAAGUUUACUACUUUCCCUAUUGAAAUGAGAGUUCCUACUGAUUAUCCACCUACAAAGCCUUGGGUACAUGCUUAUUCACCAAAGAAGUAG